AUGUACCCUCAGUGCACUACAUGUGGGAAGAAGCAUUCCGAGGUGUGCCACAAGGGCACAAAUAGGUGCUUCAAUUGUGGACUAGAAGGACAUCGAGCCAAGGAUUGCCCUACCCAGGUUCAGACAACUCCUCAGCAGUAUAUUCAGAACAGGGGUGCUCCCUCACAGCUACACCAGAUGCAAGCUGUGAUAGAAGCACUCUGCUUCUUCAUUUGCGCGGAAGAAGGCGGCGGCGGCGGCGACGACGACGACGAUGACGACGGUGUAGGAAGGAGGGUAAAUGGAGAUCCUUCGUCUUCUUUCUUCUCUAUUUUCGGGAAGAUUAACAAAAGGCAUGGGAGCUUGAUUUGGUCCUGCGCCUUAUCGGCGAGCGAAGUUUGUGUUUUACCCGUAUCUCGUGCUAUCUCGGUGAUGGAAUACGACGAGGGGAGUUGGAAGCAGGUGGGAGGAGAAGCGUCGGGGUUCCGGUUCAUUUCGAGGCGCAAACAGGUGAAUUCGCCGCGGGUCAAGGCCAAGAGUCCGCGCCAUCGGCUCGCCCGGGCGUUGUCAGUUCCGGAGGUCAUUGCGAAUGGUGUUGGUGCAACCAUCGGUGCUGGAGUCUAUGUUCUUGUUGGAACAGUUGCCAGAGAAGAAGCAGGACCUGCUCUAAGUAUAUCUUUUUUAAUAGCUGGGAUAGCAUCUGCUCUCUCUGCUUUCUGCUAUGCGGAGCUUGCAAGUCGUUGCCCAUCUGCAGGGAGUGCCUACCACUAUUCUUAUGUCUGUGUUGGAGAAGGUGUUGCUUGGUUGGUUGGCUGGGCUCUAAUCUUGGAAUACUCAAUUGGUAGUUCAGCUGUUGCACGUGGCAUAUCCCCAAAUUUGGCUUUAUAUUUUGGAGGUCCAGAUAGCCUGCCUUAUUUUUUAGCACGCGUAACAAUUCCAGGAAUCAAUGUUGUUGUUGAUCCAUGUGCUGCAGUCCUUGUUUUGAUUGUCACAGCAUUACUAUGUUCAGGAAUAAAGGAGAGCUCAAUUGUCCAAGCGGUCAUCACAGGUGCAAAUAUCUGUGUGUUGUUAUUUGUUAUCUCUGUUGGCAGCUUUAUUGGGUUUCAGACAGGAUGGGUUGGAUAUAAGAUCACUGACGGUUUCUUUCCUUACGGGUUAAAUGGAGUGCUUGCUGGUUCAGGAACUGUUUUCUUUUCCUACAUAGGUUUUGAUGCUGUUGCUAGCACUGCUGAAGAGGUUAAGAAUCCGCAAAGAGAUCUGCCACUGGGAAUUGGUAUUUCUCUAUCUAUAUGCUGCUUGCUUUAUAUGUUGGUUUCCGUAGUUGUCGUUGGCUUGGUGCCAUACUUUGCAAUGGACCCUGACACCCCAAUAUCAUCUGCAUUUGCAAAUUAUGGCAUUGGUUGGGCAGCGCAUGUUAUCACAUCAGGAGCCCUUCUUGCACUUUGCUCAGCUGUGAUGGGCUCCAUUCUCCCACAGCCUAGAAUUCUCAUGGCAAUGGCAAGAGAUGGAUUGUUACCAUCGUUCUUCUCAAGUGUUCACAAGCGUACCCAAGUUCCAGUUAAUAGCACACUUGUGACCGGGAUAUUUGCAGCUUCACUAGCAUUCUUCAUGGAUGUUUCACAACUAGCUGGCAUGGUCAGUGUUGGCACACUCUUUUCUUUCACCAUCGUCGCGAUCUCAAUCUUGGUUGUGAGAUAUUUACCUCCAGAUGAGAUACCUCUUCCAGCAUCUCUCAUGGAAUCUAUUGAUUCAGUUUCACUUCGCUAUAGCAUUCAACAGAAGAGUGAAAAGAAGCAACGUUCUGUUGAAAAUUCAGGAAGUAACAAGAUCCAACAUGAUGGCCUCUCGCAAGACACUACUAACGCAUCAAUUGCGCAACCUCUCAUUCUGAAGAAAACAAAUCAAGAAAAUCUCAGUGAACAAACUCGCCGAAAGAGGGCAUCUUGGAGCAUAACUGCUGUUUGCGUUGGAGUUCUUAUCCUCACAAAAUCAGCCACUUACACAUUACUGCCUUUCUUCCUACACGUCUUGGGAUGCUCUUUAGGGACCUUCAUUCUUUUGGGAGGUCUAGCUGUUCUAUACUGGAUCAAUCAAGACGACGGCCGUCAUAGUUUCGGUCACAGUGGAGGCUUCACUUGCCCCUUUGUUCCAGCUCUCCCUGUUGGCUCCAUCCUCAUUAAUGUUUAUCUGCUCGUAAAUCUCGGUCCAGGCACUUGGUUCCGAGUUUCAAUUUGGAUUGUGGCUGGGGUUUUGGUGUACUUGUUAUAUGGACGAACUCACAGCGGUUUGACGAAUGUAGUGUAUGUGCCGGCGGCACAUGUAGAUGAAAUCUAUGAAGCUUCUUCGCACUUGGUAGUUUAGAGUUCAUCAGUGUAAAUUGAGUCAAUU